GUGAUUAUUUCUAUAUUUGGGAUGUUCAUUGGUUUCCACAGGUUAGCUUAACUGAACUAGUCUAAUUUAUUAUUACAUGUGUGUAGUAGUUUUAAGGUCUGUAUUGUUUAAUGCUGCGUUUGUUUGUUGGAUUUGUGCUUGUUGUUAAGUAUAUACACAAAGAUUUUUACUAAAUUUAUAAAGUCUUGAUUCGUUGUUAAAUAUUCUAUACAUUUUGGUGGUAACCAUUAAUCUUUUUUUCUCUUUGCCAGGGAAACGAGGGCCGUCUUGUCUGAUUCCCAUGGAUAUUGCUUUCCUGUUGGAUUCGUCAGAUGGCGCUGGAAAGGCUGGUUUUAAGAGAGAGAAGGAGUUCACCAAACUUGUGUCGAGUGCUCUGGCAUUGACCGUCACUGGGACUCGUGUAGGUUUGAUUUCUUACAGUGCUCGGGCAAACCUUACAGUUGCCCUUCAGGAAAAUACCACCGCUCAAAGUUUGCAAUAUGCCAUCGAUGAGCUCCAGUUUAUGGGAGGAACUCCCAGAAUUGAGGUGGCACUUGAAUCUAUCCUUACUGACUUGUUUACCUUGGACGGUGGGGCUAGGCCUGGAAUCCCAAAGGUGGCCGUUCUUUUGACAAAGGUAUCGGGCUCAAACGCUUUGCAUUAUGACACUCUCAGAAAGGCAGCUGCACCAUUAAAAACAGAGGGUGUGGAAUUAAUUGCUGUAGGUGUAGGGCGAGACAGUGAUCUUCAAGAUUUGCGUGUGUUAGUCGGAAGCGAGGAACAUAUUUUAGGAACAGAGUCCUUUGAAAGCCUUUCUGAAUUGGUAGAGGACGUUACGCAUCUGGCAUGUAAAGCUGCAGAACCAAAACGGAUCAUUUAUCCUAUGGAAGCUGCUAUCCUAGUUGACACGUCCGCAGGCAUUAGUGCCUUCAACUUCCAGAGGGAGAAAGCCUUUGUUAAGGCUCUUAUAAGAAGUUUUACUAUAUCAGGGAACUUGAGUCGUGUAAGCCUACUAUCUUACGGCAACGAAACAGAAGUCACCGUAAAUUUCUCUAACCAACAAAACAGAGAUUUUCUCACACAAAGUGUCGAAACUCUGCCUUUCUUGGGUGGAAGGUCCCAGAUAAAUCAAGCUCUAGAAGUCGCAGCCUCGCAGCUGUUCUCCCCAUCUGGUUCGUCUCGCGCUGUGGUUCCAAGGACUAUAGUGAUAGUAACGGAUGGUCGACAGGAUCCAACAGUAGGUUCCGGCGGUCUAAAUGAAACGGUAGCACUGUUGAGGCGAAAUGGCGUUAAGAUCCUGGUGGUGGCUGUUGGUGGUGAAGAUGUUGACGAGAAUGGAUUGAGCAACCUUGUUGAAGAUGAAGAUCAUAUCUUUACCGCUGAAUCCUUCGAAACCUUGGCCGCUGAAGUAGGGAAAGUCAGCACUAUAGCCUCCGAAAUUGCAGCACCUAAACGUUGUGGUAAAGUGGCUGACAUUGCCUUCAUAAUGGACGCCUCAGACAGUGUUGACACUCAGAGUUACCGCAUCCAAAAGGACUUCGUCAAAGCAAUCGCAGAAAGCUUCGGUUUGCAACCUGGGUCAAGCCGUGCAGGAGUCAUCCUUUCCAGCAAGAAGCCAACUAUGAACAUUAAGUUUGAUGACUACUUGCACACCCAAGACUUUAAAGAAGCAGUAGAUAGACUUCCUCACCCUCGAGGACAUGCUGGAAUUGACAAAGCUCUCGAUGUGGCCCUGACUCGGUUAUUGGUCCCCAGAGGUGGUGCAAGACCUGGAUUGGGGAAGAUCCUAGUAUUGUUAACAGCAAACACUCAAAAUCAAACUUUAAAUCCAGUGUUUCUAGAUAGUGUCACCAGAAGGCUCCAACAGCUGGGAGUGGCUUUGUUUGUCAUAGGUGUCGGUGAACAGGUGGAUGAGACAGUGCUCCGUCCUUUGGUUACGAAAGGAGAUAAUCUUCUCCUUGAGAUAUCCUUUGAAAGUCUGAUGCUGAAAGCUCGACAAGUAGCACAAAUUGCUUGUAAAAACGCAGGAUUCUCAAGAUGCAGAAACCCAGUUGAUGUCGCUUUUCUGGUGGACUCUUCUGGCAGUCUUGGCAAGGAAGGUUUCCACGAGCAAAAGGAAUUUAUAAAAGUGAUUACGAACACCCUCAGUGUAUCUCCCUCACACAGCAAGGCGGGUGUCAUAACUUAUAGUGAUAGAGCUUCUGUGGCGAUAAAAUUUUCAGAUUACCAAUACCACGCACAGUUGGUAAAUGCCCUUGAAAUGCUGCCAUAUCAAGGUAAAACGACACGGAUUGACAGGGCCAUUGUGAAGGCUUCAAAAGAGCUUAUGACAGUGGAAGGAGGUAGAAGAAAGGACAUACCUGGAGUUAUGGUCAUAAUGACCGACGGGAGGCAGACUCAGGACUUUGACGUCACGCCUUUAGAGCAAGCAGCUGCGGUCUCAGAGGAAAUGGGAAUAACAACUUUGGUGAUCGGAAUCGGGGAACUGGCAGACGUGAAUGAACUCAGAAAAAUGACUUCACAAGAUGGCGACGUCUUCCUGGCAUCCUCUCCCCGAGCUUUGAGCAGUUUUGCACAACCAGUUGCCACAAGAAUAUGUGAUGCUGCAGCACCAAAGGCAUGUGAUGUUCCACUAGACGUUGCCUUUUUGGUCGAGUCGUCCGGAAACAUUUCACCAAGAGACUAUGAAAGAAUCAAAGAUUUCAUCAAGGAGGCAGCCACCUACCUGUCACGAAGUGACAACGAACAGCAAGUUGGUGUCAUCGUUUUCAAUACCGAGGCUACGAUAUCCAAAACGUUUGGACAAUACUGGUCCGAGUACGAUUUUAAUCGUGCAAUUGAUAAUCUUCCCCUCAGCACGGGACCAGCGAAAAUUGGGACAGCCCUUGGCGUUGCUUCAAAAUUGUUCACUGCUGAACACGGAGCCAGACCAGGAGUCCAGAAAGUCAGCAUCGUGAUAACGAAUGGAAAGCAUUCUACUGUAGAAGACCUAGAGGACCUGAAGGAUGCGGCAAGACCUCUACAUCAAACAGGGGUCCAUGUUAUACCCAUUGGAGUGACGUCGUCGGUAGAUUGGGAAAAGCUGCGCUCGUUAACUGUGGACGACGAGGAUGUCAUUGUGUCGCAUUCUUGUGACAGUUUAUCCAACAAGAUUAGUUAUCUUUUUAGACGCAUAUGCCUCGAGGCUGCUUACAAACAGUGCGAUGGAGUAGCAGAUGUGGUAUUUGCGAUCCAUUCCUCAGGGACCCUCAGCCCUUCCGAAUACCGCAAAGAAAAAGAAUUGGUCAAGAGAGUGGCGACAACUCUGAACAUUUCACCCGGUAGGAGCCGAGUAGCUUUAAUUCUCUACAGCAACUUCGCCACGGCAGCCCUUAGACUUGAGGAAAAGAUCACCAUGGAGUCUUUUGACAAUCUUGUGGAUAGCUUACCCCAUGAACGUGGAGUGACGCGAAUCGACAGAGCUUUAAAGCUUGCUCGAUCCAUUUUUGACUCCGACAGUGCUGUGAAGCAACGAGGAGUGCCAAAGGUAUUGAUGUUGUUCACCGAUAGCAAGCAAACUGUUGCACAAGAUGCAUUAACUGUGGUGGACGCUGCCCGACCACUACUGUAUGAAGACGAUGUUAAGAUUCUUGCAGUGGGAAUGGGAAACAAGGCAGAUAUCGGGGAGUUACGCGCCAUGACAGUUGAUAAGAAUGACGUCUUUCUGUCACCGUCGUUGGAGAAUCUUCUCACCUUAAGCGGAUCUUUGUCAGAGGCCAUCUGUAAGGCAGCCAAGCCUCCGGUUUGCCCUGAAGCCAUGGAUGUCGCCUUCCUAAUGGAUGCCUCUGGCAGUGUGGGAGCAGCCAACUUUGAAAAGCAGAAAGAGUUCAUCAAAGCAAUCGCCGGUACUUUAGGGCUUAAGAGUGGCUUAGCCCGCGCUGGGUCUCUGGUCUACAGUGACAUGGCAACAGUUCAACAGUCAUUCGACGGUUCCAAUGGGACUCAUUCGGUUAUAGAAGCUGUAGAUCACAUUCCUUACUAUGGUCGAACCACGCGCAUCGAUCGUGCGUUAUCACUUGCCAAUACAGACCUGUUUAGUGAUGUCGGUGGUGUGAGAUCGUAUGUAGCUAACACUCUUCUACUUUUGACUGACGGCACGCAAACUCCGGCAGCCGACUCGAUUUCCAUGGAACGCGCCGUGAAGCCCCUUAAAGAAAAAAAAGUGACAAGGAUAGCUUUGGGAAUAGGCGAUCAAAUUAGUCCCGCUGAGCUUCGUAAGGUUGUUGAUGGGGACGAAGACGUCGUUACAGUGGACAGUUUUGAUGAUCUUAUCUCUUCAAUGCAUAUGGUAUCGGAAAAGUUAUGCACUAGUGCAGCUUUAAAGAAAUGCCCUACUCCUGUAGACAUCGCCUUUCUUCUGGACUCAUCAGGAAGUAUUGGUGAACCGAACUACCGAAAAAUGAAAGAUUUUAUCAAGGCUGUUGCGAACACCUUCAUUAUCAGAUCAGGCAAAACACUGGCGGCAUUAAUUUUGUACGGUGACACCGCAACAACGGCCAUUCGAUUUAGCGAUCACGCGAGCAAUGUCGACUUCAACGCUGCAGUAGACGUCCUUCCGUAUUUGGGAGGUGAAACUCGCAUAGAUAAAGCCUUGCAGCUUGCAUCCACUGAGCUUUUAACAGAACGCAGCGGCGCGCGGGUUGGUGUCGCCAAAGUUGUGAUUCUCGUUACAGAUGGGAGGCAGUCUCGAGCCCCUGACGGCGUUGAACUCCAGAAGGCUGUGGAGCCCAUUUUAUCGGCGGGUGUGCGUUUGUUUGCUCUGGGAAUUGGAACCGAGGUUAAUGAAAAAGAAUUACAACUUAUUGUUGAAAGGAAAGAUGACGUCAUACUAGUACCGUCAUACGAUGGACUCGCCACAAGAGUGAGGCAGCUGUCUAUUGCAACGUGUGAAAGCUCAGAAAUAGAGGCUUGUGAUAAUAUCAUGGACGUGGGUUUUGUCCUCGACUCCUCUGGCAGCCUAACUACAUCUGAAUUCCAACAAGCUAAAGACUUCAUCGAGCUCAUGGCUAACUCCUUCCUCAAAAACAAAGUCGGUAGCCGUGUGGGACUCAUGCAGUACAGCAUCUUGCCGAAGAUAAAUGUUCGCUUUUCCGACAGAAUUACGAGUGAGCAGUUCCGAAGUGUCUUGGACAAGGUUCGUUACGAGGGAGGGUACACUCGGCUCGAUCGAGCUCUCAAGCUAGCUGCUCAGGAGUUGUUUGCGAAUGAAGAAGGUUCACGCAAGGACAUUCCUAGAGUCAUGGUCGUUAUAACAGACGGCAUCAACACGGAAAAGCCGGAUUCUGUGGCGUUAGAUACCGCCGUCGCGCCUCUAAAACGAGCCGGGGUCAAAGUGUUCGUUGUCUGCAUUGGUAGCGAGAAGGGCCGUGAUGAGUUGUACCUACUCACAGAACAAUACAAAGACUUGUACUUUGUUCGAACUUAUGAUGAGCUGACUCUUCAGCUUCGAAAAGUAUCCAAGGACAUUUGCGAGAGUGGAGCUCUUCCUGGAUGCGACCAAGUAGUGGAUGUUAGUUUCUUGGUGGACUCUUCAGAAAGUGUUGGCUUACAAAACUACCAGAAACUUCUCGACUUCGUGCGUAGAGUUGCCAAAACCAUGCGUAUUUCCCCUAGUGGCACCCAUGGGAGUCUCGUCGUUUUUAGUGACACCGCCAAAGUUCAAAUCAAACUUGACGACCACGAUGACAUCCGGGCUUUCAGCAAGGCUUUACGAGAUGUCCCCUACAUGGGCCAAAAGACCCGGAUUGACAAGGCUUUGCGGGUUGCGUCGAGCGGAGUUUUCAACAGUAGAGCUGGUAUGAGGGCCGGAAUACGAAGAGUUGCGGUACUGUUGACCGAGGGUCAUCAAACAAGAACGUUCGAUGCGAUACCGCUGAGAUACGCAGUAGAGCCACUGAGGCGCAGGCGAGUCAAUGUGUUUGCGGUUGGCAUCGGUAAGGAUGUACGUUAUAACGAACUCCGGUCAGUCACGAGUAGCGAUCAAAAUGUACUGUUGGUGGAAACGUUUGACGACCUCGCAAGAAUUGGUGAAGAGCUCAGUGACAAAAUAUGUCGAGGGAACAUGGCGAUGUUGCACGGGGUUUUCGUCAUUUUUGCCCUGAUUCUUGUUACGGUGAAUUCCCAGUCAGAGGAAAAAGUGCAAUGUACUCAGCAAUCAGACAUCGUAUUUGUCGUGGACUCCUCGGGAAGCAUUUCCAGAAGGAACUUUCAAAGAGAGAAACAAUUCGUUAAACUAGUUGCUUCAUCCUUCAAGAUGGGCCCUAACCAAUCACAAAUCGCCGUCAUCUCGUACAGCGACAGCGCUCAAGUCGACAUCAAAUUCGGCGAAUACUCCAACGUUAACGAUUUCAACUCUGCAAUGGACAAAGUGAAACACCAACGACAAAAAACUCGCAUCGACUUGGCACUUAAACUUGCUGCCGAAAAAGUUUUCACCGCUGAGGGUGGAGCGCGUCCUAACGUCACCAAGUUGAUGGUUAUUUUGACAGAUGGAAAACAAACCGUCGCGGAAGGUUAUACACCGCUGAACAGGGCAGUGCGCCCGCUUUUGGACAUGAACGUGAUUAUAUUUGGCAUUGGUAUUGGGAGAGCUAUCGAUAUCACCGAGUUGUUAGAGUUGGUGGGUUAUCAAGAUGAGAAUUUGUUCAGGGCGGAAAAUUUUGGUCAAUUGGCAAAAGACAGUGUAAAGGUUGCAGCUCAAACGUGUAAAAAGCUAAAGCCAGUUCAUGGUAACUGGUCUGCCUGGGUAGAAUGGGGUGACUGUUCUGUUUCUUGUGGAGGCGGGAUCCAGGGACGUCGACGUUAUUGUACAAAUCCACCGCCAAAAAAUGGUGGCCGAGACUGCUCUGGCAAAGCGUACGUUGUUCAGAGAUGCAAUACGCAAGGUUGCCCAGUAAAUGGAUCUUGGACUGAGUGGAAUGACUGGGGUCCCUGCAGUUUGACCUGUGGUGAUGGAGGAAUCAAGAAACGUAUUCGAACUUGCACCAACCCUCCCCCAGCCAACGGUGGAUUGGAGUGUAAGGGACCUGGGGAGGAGAUAGAGGCAUGCAAGGCUGGAGAGUGUCCAGUGGAUGGAAAGUGGAACGAAUGGAAUGACUGGGGUGUUUGCUCGAGAUCAUGUGGAACAGGAAAACAAUCACGAGUACGAGAAUGCGACAAUCCACGACCAGCAAAUGGAGGAAAGCAGUGUCCAGGACCCAGCACGGAGACACGCAACUGCAGCACAAAUGGUUGCCCAGUGGACGGUAAAUGGAGUGUCUGGAAUCAGUGGGGUACAUGUUCGAAAUCUUGUGGCGGUGGGUCACAAAACAGCUCUCGCACGUGUACUAAUCCUCCUCCGUCCAAUGGCGGCAAAGAAUGCAGCGGAAAAAGUGAACGGUCACGUGAAUGUAACACUCAGCCCUGUCCAAUCGACGGUAGAUGGAGUGAAUGGAAUCAAUGGGGCACGUGUUCGAAAUCUUGUGGCGGUGGAACACAAACCAGCUCUCGCAUGUGCAUAAAUCCUCCCCCGGCACAUGGUGGCAAAGAAUGCACCGGAAAAAAUGAACGGUCACGUGAAUGUAAUACGCAGCCCUGUCCAAUUGAUGGUCGCUGGAGUGAUUGGAGAGACUGGGGUCCUUGUACGAAAUCCUGUGGUGGCGGAGAACAGAGGAGAACACGAAGCUGCACCAAUCCGUCGCCUGCUUUUGGUGGCAGGAACUGCAUUGGAGAACGGCAACAGACACAAACCUGCAACCAGAAUGCGUGUCCAGUGGACGGUCAGUGGAGCCGCUGGGUGGACUGGACUAUCUGUUCCAGGACAUGUGGAAUUGGACUCAAGAAACGCUCUCGAACUUGCACAGAGCCAGCACCUGCUCACGGAGGCAAGGAUUGUGAAGGAUCAGCAGAUGAAACACGAGAAUGUAGCGAGAGAAUUUGUCCAGUUGACGGUGGAUGGAGUGAAUGGAAGGGCUGGACACCAUGUUCAAAGUCAUGUGGUAACGGAACACAGGAACGUGAGCGCUCGUGCACAGAACCACGCCCAGAAUUUGGUGGGAAAAACUGUGUUGGUAUCAGCCGGGAAACGAAGGCAUGUCAAACAACUCCAUGCCCGGUGCAUGGUCAGUGGAGUGAGUGGAAGGGAUGGACAUCCUGUUCAAAGACUUGUGGCACUGGAACACAAGAAAGGGAACGAUCGUGUACGAAUCCGCGCCCAGCUUUUGGUGGAGAGGAUUGCGUUGGCUUAAGAAGGCAAAUCAAAUCAUGCCAGGAAAAAAUAUGCGCAGUUCACGGAGGUUGGGGUCCUUGGAAGGACUGGAGCCUUUGUACCAGGACAUGCGGAUCUGGACAACAAAUGCGAGAGCGAAAAUGUGACAGCCCCGGGCCAGAACAUGGAGGAAGACAGUGUGAGGGGUCUGGACAACAAGCGCGAGUGUGUAACACCAGACGAUGUCCAAUUGAUGGACAGUGGAGUGAAUGGAAACCGUGGACAGAAUGCACAAGAACUUGCGGCGGAGGAGUUCAGACACGUGCCCGCACGUGCACUCAACCCAGCCCCGCCCAUGGUGGAAAAGAUUGUGAAGGUCGCGGAGACGAAACUAGACCUUGCAGCUCUGAUGCAUGUCCAGUUGAUGGAAAAUGGAGUGAAUGGAAACCGUGGACAGAAUGCACAAGAACUUGUGGUGGAGGAGUUCAGACACGUGCCCGCACGUGCACUCAACCCAGCCCCGCCCAUGGUGGAAAAGAUUGCGAAGGUCGCGGAGACGAGACCAGACCUUGUGGCACUGACGCAUGUCCAGUUGAUGGAAACUGGGCCGAGUGGACAGAAUGGCGGGAAUGUUCCAGAUCCUGCGGUGGUGGAUUUCAAUCUCGAUCAAGAACCUGUACCAGUCCCCGCCCGAAGCACGGUGGGAAAAGCUGCUCUGGUAGACCCGAGGAUACCCGUUACCAAAUUUGCCUUCUUGCUGAAAAUUUUUUCAUAUCCACAGUGGAUGGUCAGUGGAGUGGCUGGACCGAGUGGACGGCUUGCUCAAAGUCGUGUGGCACAGGGGUGCAAGAGAGGACCAGAACCUGUACAAACCCAUCCCCAGCCUAUGGCGGACAACAAUGCGCUGGUCGGGAUCGGCAGACACAGGAGUGUAAGGUUCAACCGUGUGCAGGUUGCUCUGAAAUCGCUGAUAUUGCUUUUCUGGUGGAUGCAUCUGAAAGUAUGACAGAGAAAGACUUUGAAAAAGAGAAAGACGUUAUCAAGAAAGUUGCAGCAGCCUUCGAUGUCGGCAAAAAAAAGUCCCACCUCGGUCUCAUCUCGUUCAGCAGUAACGCAGACAUCAAUGUGAAAUUUGGAGACCUUUUGGACCUGCGCAGUUUCCAAGACGCAGUCGACAAAAUUCCGUUUGCAGCCGGCGGCACCCGAUUUGACAAGGCGUUCGGCGUAGCAGCCAACGGGUUGUUUUCUUCUAACGGUGGAGUUCGUUUUGAUCUUCCAAAAGUCUUGAUCAUCCUUACAGAUGGCAAACAAAGCGCCGAUUUUGAUGCUGUGCCAGUGGAGAAAUCCGUUCUUCCCUUGCGUCAUCUUGGUGUCCGAGUUUUCGUCUUAGCGAUCGGGAGACAAAUCGAUAUGGUCGAGCUUCAACAAAUGGUAAGAAAUCCAAAAGAUAUUCACGCCGUGAAUAAAUUUGACGAGCUGUUGGAUGACGUGAAAAAGAUUGGAAACCAAACUUGUGAAAUAAUUAAAAGACCUGAACUUCUCUGCGCCGAAAAAGCUGAUGUAGCUUUUCUCAUGGACGGGUCUGAGAGCAUGACGGAGCAAGACUUUGAGAAGCAGAAGGACUUUGUGACAAGAGUCGCUGAAUCAUUUAACAUGGCUCCAACAAUGACUCAAUUUGCCCUUAUUACCUACAGUAGCAGUGCAAACCUGCACAUUCGAUUCAGAGAUCAUAUGAAGCAGGACGCGUUCAACACGAUAGUGCGACAACUUCCUUUCGCGGCCGGUGGAACACGAUUUGACAAGGCUCUCAAGCUCGCAGCGGAGGACGUAUUCACAGAAGAAAGCGGAGCGCGGCCUGGUGUCCCAAAAGUCGUGAUCAUUCUCACAGAUGGGCAACAGAGUCAAGACUACGACGCUAUACCUCUGCAACAAGCUGUCCUUCCGUUGCACCGCCUAUCAGUCCAGGUUCACGCGGUCGCGAUCGGCAAUCAAGUUAAAAUGGCGGAGCUUCGCAAGUUAGUACAGAAAGAGGAGGACAUUUUCAACAUAAAGGACUUUGAUAACUUGGUUAAUAGGUCUCGUCAAUUGGCCAGUAAAACGUGCGACAUCAUAACGCGUCCACCUCAAGUUGCGAAAUGUUCUGAUGAUGCAGACGUGGCCUUCGUGAUCGAUACAUCGGGAAGUAUCAGCGACGAGAACUUUAUUAAACAAAAAGACUUCGUCAAAGUCCUUGCCUCUGCGUUCGGCCCCUCCGUAGAAGAACAUCAGCUCGGUCUAAUAUCGUACAGCAGUGAUGCUCAGGUUGAAGUCAGCUUCCGAGACAAGGCCGGUACAAAACAAUUCGAAAGCGCUGUCGAUCGUGUUCCGCAUACCAAGGGACGGACGCGUCUUGAUAAGGCGCUGACGCUAGCGGCUGUUCAAAUGUUUUCCAUCAGCGGCGGUACACGCUCGGGAAAACGUAAAAUCAUGGUCAUCCUUACAGAUGGACGGCAGAGUCAAGAUCCAGAUAUGAUACCUCUUCAGGACGCUGUCGCUCCUUUGCGACAACUUGGUGUACGCAUAUAUACAGUGGCUAUUGGAGAGGAGGUCGAUCUUAACGAGCUUUAUCAAGUUACCGAAAGAAAAGAAGAUGUGUUCCCUGUCAGUGAUUUUGCUAACUUGGCUAACAUGGCUAACGACAUUGCUUUAAAAACGUGCAAAGUGGAGCCUUUCCAACCAGCCGACUGUAAAGAACGCAUCAACUUGGCUUUCAUUAUGGACAUGUCAAGCAGCAUCACAGCCAAAAACUACCCAAAACAAAAAGACUUUAUCAAAAAAGUGGCAGACACGUUCUCGAUCUCACAGACGCAGACGGACGUUGGUGUUAUCACUUACAACCGAGAUGCCACGCUGUGGAUCAGUUUCGGACAGUACAACAACAACAACGAAUUCAAAGAUGCUGUUGACAAGAUCCCGUACUGGGGUGGUCAAACGCGCAUCGACAAUGGUCUUGAAAUGGCAGCUGUCUCGCUUUUUGGCGAGUUGAAAGGCGACCGUGCAAAGCUGCCAAAUGUACUGAUCCUUCUAACAGACGGCCAGCAAUCUUCAGAUCCGCGAGCUACGCCUUUGGAGGAAGCCGUGUUGCCGUUGUUUCAGCUUGGUGUUAAUCUGUUUGCGGUGGGUGUUGGUGAUCAGUUCUCGCGCGAUGAACUAAGGUUGAUUGUGGAAAAGGAUCAGGACAUCUUCACUGUAAAUGAUUUUGAUGACCUGCUCACAAAAUCGCAUGCGAUUGCUCGCGCAGCCUGCGACGUAGCUGAAAAUUCACAGGGAUCAGCCGGUGAUUACCAGCCAAAGUCUUGUUUCAAAAGCGUAGACAUCGGAUUUGCUAUCGACUCUUCGGAUAGCGCCGGUGAACAGGGAUACCAAAAACAGAAACAACUUGUUCAGCGAGUCUCUUCGUUUUACGAUAUCUCCAAACAGGACACCAGGGUCGGAGUCGUGAUAUACGGUGACAAAGCUUUCACUACCAUCGGGAUGAACAGUUACCGCGACUCCACCAUUCUCCAGCGUGCUGUAGGGUUUCUACCCCGUCUCGGUGGAGGCAACAGAAAGGAGAAAGCCUUGGUUGCAGCCAGGAAGAUGUUUAAGGCAAAACGACCACCCAGUCAGUCCGAAGCUACUCAGCCAACCAAAGUCUUAGUCUUCAUUACAGAAGGCGCGCAGUCUGCCACAGAAUCUGACACGUUCUCAUUAGAUCACGCAGUUCACCCGCUUGAGAGGAACGGAGUACGUGUUAUUGCGGUGGGGAUUGGGUCUAAAGUGAUAUAUCGGGAGCUCAGAAACCUUGUGCUAGAUUCCAAUGAGAUUUACUUGGCAACGUCAUUGGAUGACGUAGACAAAGUUUCUCGUGACCUGAUCAAGCUCAUUUGUAAGUAUUGAAAUGACACAUCAACAUCAAGAAGCCAGAGGAUUCUAAUCACACCCUUUAUUGGUGGCCGCUGGAAAAUUUUCGCAAAAUAACAAAAUGAAUCUGGUUUAGAAAAGAAACCUCGAACCAUUAUCAACAACAACCACGUGACGUCUAACCGUAUCGUAUUCUCCAAUUUAUAGAAAGUUUCUGAUUGGUCACGUAUUGGCAGCUUUUUGUUGGUUUCACUAUCUCAUCAUCCAAUCAAAGAAAAAGAUACCACACAUGACGUGACGUGUUCUUCUUGUCACGUGCGUGGCUUGGUUUUGAUUGGUUGGGAAAAGAAGGAAAUCAAUUUCAGGAUGUUACUGACUGGUCAAUCAAAAACUGAAUCAACCGUGCGUUUCUACGCAAUAUUUUAUGCACAAGACUAAAAAAAAAAAAAUAUUUAAUGUUAGUAUAUACUAAUUCAGUGGACAGUGUCGACUACUCAAUCUCCCAAUAUCUAUUUCUAUUGGCCUCCAAACAACUCGCGCGGGAAUUGCACCCGAAAAUAUUGUUAUCGUGGGAGGAAUAAAUAAGUUAAAAUCAAUUUUUUGUGCUAAAUUACCUCCCUGUUUUGGUAUUAAUUGACACAAUUUUAAUAGUACAAUGUUCUUAAUUUAAUUGUAAGAGGACUAUUUCAAAACACUGAUUAAUUGUUACAGAGCUGCUCUGAAAAGUACCACUGAAUAUCUUUGAACAACCAGCAAUAAAUGUAACGCGCGCAUAGUUUGAUGGCCGGGAACAACAUCUUGACUGCGCGCCAAGAAAUUAUCUUACACGCAGCUCUCUUUCAAAUAAUUGAAUUACGGAAUAAGAAAAUAUUUGAAAUUAUUUAUAAAUGCUGUUUUGAUAAAAAUAAUAGCGUGCUAUUUGUAAAACUGCCGCUAAAAGCCGUUGUAAAUAAUACGAUUAAGACACUGUUAGGGAAUAAAAAGGAUAGUCUUAUUCUGA